GCAUUCCAUAACAGAGAGUUGAUGCUGCAUCUUCCUGGAAAUUUCCAUCUCAAGUCGACCAGUACUAGUACUCCAUGGCUAGCUUCUGUGUAUACAUACAGAUCACCUCAUCAUCUCUUCAGUGUUCUUCUCAUUGUCUAAUCCCGCAAAUUACCAAUAUUCCCACCUUCCACAAUUAAGCUUCUAAAUCUCUCGCAUUGCAUUCAUGGCCACUCAAAGACCCUCUUCAUCUACGAAUUCUGAAGAUACUAAGAAAAGAGGAGACAAUUCAUCUUGUUCGGAAGAAGAUGAAAAAAUCAUAACCUCUUCCUUUCUUCCUCGAUGCCUAGAUCGAAACAUGAUGUUUUCCUUAGUUUCUGUGGUAAAGACACUGGUAGGAGUUUUACGGAUCAUCUCUAUUUUGAUUUAAAACGGAAAGGUAUUCUCGUCUUUAGGGAUGACGAAUCACUAGAGCGAGGAAAAUGCAUUUCUCAAGAGCUUCUGCAAGCAAUUCAAGAAUCCCGAUACGCCAUCGUCAUUUUUUCAGCAAAUUAUGCUUCUUCCAAAUGGUGCCUCAGGGAACUUGCCAAGAUCGUUGAAUGGGAGGAAAAGAAGAAUCUCACAAUUAUUCCUAUUUUCUACCAUGUGGAUCCUUCAGACGUAAGAAAUCGAAAAAGGACUUUUGCAGAAGCUUUCGCUGCACAUGAAAAAGAUCCCAAGGUAGACAUCGAAGAGAUUGAUACGUGGAGAAAAGCUUGCACAAAAGUCGGCAAUAUUUCCGGAGAGCACAUAAAUGGGGACAGGUACGAAACAGAAAUUAUACAAGAAAUCAGUGGUAAUAUAUCUCGUGAGUUGAUCAAUUCUAGAUCCUCACUUCAUGAUAACAAGAAAUUUGUUGGAAUAGAUUCCCGUGUAGAGGAAAUGAUGAACUUAUUGCAUAUGGAAUCGAAUGAUGUUCGCUUCGUAGGAAUUCAUGGGAUGGGUGGCGUUGGUAAGACAACGCUGGCCAAAAUAAUUUAUGAUAGAGUUUCUUCUAAUUGUCAAUUUGAAGGAAGAACCAUUAUUUCUUUCAAUGGAGAAAAAUCUACAGCUCGUGAUCUAGCUUCUUUACAAACGCAACUUCUUUCUGGGAUCAUGCAAGAACGUAUAGAAGUAUCGGAUCCUCACAAAGGAAUUGAGAUGAUAAGAAGCAGGAUGCAGAAUAAAAAAGUUUUUAUCGUCCUUGAUAAUGUGGAUAGUGACGAGCAACUAGAGGCAUUAGCAGGGGAUCAUAAUUGGUUUGGUCCACGGAGUAGGGUAAUUAUAACAUGCAGAGAUAGUCAUCUGUUCAAAAUAAAUAAAGUGAAUGAUAUGUGUGCGGUUCAGCUGCUUCAACCCGCCGAUGCUUUGGAGCUCUUUAGUUUGUCAGCCUUCGACGAAACCCAUCCUCCAGAGGAUUACAAGGAUCUAUCUAUGGCUUUUGUGGAGUAUGCUGGAGGCCUUCCUUUAGCUCUUAAAGUUUUGGGUCGCUCCUUAUGUAAGAAAGCAAUAGAGAUAUGGGAAGAUGCUAGGGAUCAUCUAAAAGGAAAUCCUCCAAAAGAAAUUUCUGAGAUACUUCAAAUAAGUUUUGAUGGGCUGGGGGAAUCGCAGGAAAAAUUGUUUUUGGAUGUGGCAUGUUUUUCUGGUCAAUGGAUAGAUGUAAAUUUUAGGAAAAUAUAUUCGGCCGACGUCAUUGAGGUUCUCAUCGAUAAGUCCCUCGUAAGCACAUCAAAAGAUGACGUAUACUUUAAAGAAAGGUUGACCAUGCAUGAUUUGCUAAAAGAAAUGGGUCAGCAAAUAGUUCGCCGCGAAUGUCCUCAAGAACCUGGACGACGUAGUAGGCUGUUUCAUCAUGAAGAUGUCUUUCACGUACUGAAGAAUAAUACUGGAACCGAUGCAAUUGAAGGCAUAGUCAUGGACCUCCUGUUGGGUGGUAUUCUUGGAGCAAAUCAUAGCGAAAUAAUUAAUGCCGAAGCAUUCUCAAAGAUGAGAAAUUUGAGAUUACUUUAUUUCUGUGAUUUUGGAUAUAUAAAAUGGUCUGGAAAUCCUUUAGAAUACAUGCCAAGCGAUAAGUUUCAGUUCCUACGAUGGUCUAAAUAUCCUUCGAAAUCCUGGCCGAGCAGUUUCCAACCAAAAAAUCUUGUUGUACUAGAGAUGCCUAAUAGCUGCAUCGAACAACUAUGGAUGGAGUCGAUGGUUUUACCCAAUUUGAAAGAAUUAAAUCUCAGAAAUUGUGAGAACUUGAUUGAAAUGCCAAAUUUGACAAAAGCCCCAAAACUUGAGAAAAUAAACUUUUCAAAAUGUAAAAAAUUGUCUGAGGUCCACCCAUCCAUCAAAGUGCUCAAACAACUACAAGAAUUAAGAAUGUCUUGCACACGAAUCAAACAACUAUGGACAGAGUUGAUGGUUUUACCCAAUUUGAAGGAAUUAGAUUUGAGUCAUUGUAAAAACUUGAUUGAAAUACCAGAUUUGAGCGGAGCUUCAAAUCUUGAGAAAGUAAACUUUUCAGAUUGUAACAGCUUGUGUAAAUUCCACCCAUCCAUCAAAAAGCUCAAACGACUACAAAAAUUAAAUAUGUCUAGCAGCCGAAUCAAACAACUAUGGAAUGGAUCGAUGGUUUUUGACAAUUUGAAGGAAUUAGAUCUGAGUUGUUGUAAGAACUUGAUUGAAACACCAGAUUUGAGUGGAUUCCCAAAUCUUGAGAAACUAGACUUUUCAUAUUGUAUAAGCUUGUGUAAGGUCCACCCAUCCAUCAAAAAGCUCAAACGAUUACAAGAAUUAAAAAUGUCUGGCACCCGAAUCAAACAACUAUGGAAGGGGUUGGUGGUUUUUGACAAUUUGAAAGAAUUAGAUCUGAGUUGUUGUGAGAACUUGAUUGAAACAUCAGAUUUGAGUAGAUUCCCAAAUCUUGAGAAACUAGACUUUUCAUAUUGUAGAAGUUUGUGUAAGGUCCACCCAUCCAUCGUAGAUCUCAAAGGACUAAAAAUUUUGAGUUUAAACAAAUGUCUUACAAGACUACUAAUUCUAGACAAGUCCUGCUUACCAUCACCGUUUAUGAGUUUCUCAGGCCUUCGCGAAUUAUAUUUAAGAGGUUGCAAUAACAUUUCAAUUUUUCCGAGUGUUAUUUGUAGUUUGUCAUCUCUUGAAAGUCUCCAUUUGGUUGGUUGGUCAAGACUAGAGAAAUUUCCAGACCUGAAUAGGUUGGAAUGCUUGAAGGAAUUUGAGGCAUACGGAACUGCUAUAACACAAAUGCCACCAGUCAAUCUAAUCCCCAAGAACAUCCGUUCCUUAAAGAUCGAAGGACGAAAGAGGAUGCCACGUAAAUCAAGAGAUCAUUUAGCCUGCCUUUUGCCGAAACAAAGCUCAUAUCCCACCAAUCGUGAUACCGGAUCACCUGUGGAAUAUGAGAUGGAAGAAAUGCAUACCGGAUCACCUGUGGAAUAUGAGAUGGAAGAAAUGCUUGACGUAGAAGCACUGCAAAUUUCUUUCGGCAGUUCGCUGUUGAUAGAAGGGUGGUCGUUGGGAUCUAGAAUCCCGGCGUGGGUCCACAAUAAAAGUACUGGCUCCUCUUUACAGAUAGAGUUGGAUGGUAAUACGACGUCGGUGAUAGGUUGUGCUAUCUUUAUAGUUUUUGAUUGUCAUCAAUUCCAUUCCCCUGAAGCUACUUCAAUUCCUCGGCUAUUCAACGUAACUUCAUAUGUGACUUUUAGCUUUUGUUGUGAGAGAGAUGAUGGUUCUUUAGAACAUUUUUUUCCCAAAUUCAGUCUCUCUCUCGUUAAGCCAAGUGUAUGCUGGGCAUAUGCACGUACUCCUCGGCUUUUCAAAUGCUUGAAAUCGAAUAGUUCGGAUAAUCAGAGCUUCAUUAAGAUUUCAAUUAAAGAGAUUUCUCCUCAAACUCCUGUAGAAGUGAAAGAAUGGGGGAUACAUUUAGUAUGUCCGGACGAUAUUGGUCUUGGUUUGGGAUCAGAUUUAGAUUCCUAUCGUCAAUUUUAUUCAGCAUGGAAAUGCGGUAUGACGAGAAAUGAAGAUUAGAUUCAUCCGGAGUACCCCUUUAAAGCUUAGUCCUUUUGAGUAAUGGCUUGGCAUUGUUUAUUUUGGGAAUAGAAUAUUAUCACCAUUUUGUAUCUGAAACCUCUCAAUUCCAUUGACGAUGUCGAGGUGAUCAUGGAAUCUCAUAUUGAUUAAGGGAAUGCAGUCAACCACCCGAGCUUUCCUUCUUUGUCA